UGGGAUCGACCGGCGCGCUCUGGUCACUGCGAGCUUGUUUUUGUUUUGUUUUUUUUUUAAACCGCCGCUCAUCUGAACCAGACUGCGCACAGGACACGUGCACUCCAAUCCUUGGGAAGCUGGAAACAGCAGAAAGAGCUGCCGGGUUGCAAUCGCCUCAGUAAAUCCUGCAACAUGCAUAUCUUACAGCCGUACUGCAUCAACAGGUGGCCAGAUGUGCCGAAGAGGAAGAGGAAGAACAGCCAGUGCUCGGUGAAGAGCAUGUCCGGGUACAUCCCCAGCUACCUGGAGAAGGACGAGCCAUGCGUGGUGUGCGGAGACAAGGCGACCGGGUACCACUACCGCUGCAUCACCUGCGAGGGUUGCAAGGGUUUCUUCCGCAGGACGAUUCAGAAGAACCUCCAUCCAUCCUACUCCUGUAAAUAUGAAGGCUGUUGCAUCAUCGACAAGAUCACCCGCAACCAGUGCCAGCUGUGCCGCUUCAAGAAGUGCAUCUCUGUGGGCAUGGCCAUGGACCUGGUGUUGGACGACAGCAAGCGAGUGGCCAAACGGCGCCUGAUCGAGGAGAACCGGGAGAAGAGGAAGCGGGAGGAGAUGGUGAAAACGCUACAGGUACGGCCGGAGCCGGACUCGGCGGAGUGGGACCUGAUCAAGAUGGUGACCGAAGCCCACCGGCACACCAACGCCCAGGGCUCCAGCUGGAAGCAGAAGCGCAAGUUCCUGCCGGAUGACAUCGGCCAGGGUCCGAUGGUGCCCACUUCAGACGGAGACAAAGUGGACCUGGAAGCCUUCAGCGAGUUCACCAAGAUCAUGACCCCCGCCAUCACCCGCGUCGUCGACUUUGCCAAGAAAUUGCCGAUGUUUUCAGAGCUGCCUUGUGAAGACCAGAUCAUCUUGCUGAAGGGUUGCUGCAUGGAGAUCAUGUCGCUGCGUGCGGCCGUGCGCUACGACCCCGAGAGCGAGACGCUGACGCUGAACGGCGAGAUGGCGGUGAAACGCGAGCAGCUGAAAAACGGCGGGCUGGGCGUGGUGUCGGACGCCAUCUUUGAUCUGGGCAAGAGCCUGGCGCAGUUUAACUUGGACGACUCGGAGGUGGCGCUGAUGCAGGCGGUGCUGCUCAUGAGCUCAGACCGUUCAGGGCUGACCAGUGUGGAGAAGAUCGAACAGUGCCAAGAGGCCUACCUGCUGGCAUUCGAGCACUACAUCAACUACCGCAAGCACAACAUUCCCCACUUCUGGCCCAAGCUGCUGAUGAAGGUGACGGACCUGCGCAUGAUCGGGGCGUGCCACGCCAGCCGCUUCCUCCACAUGAAGGUGGAGUGUCCCAACGAACUCUUUCCCCCGCUCUUCCUGGAGGUCUUCGAGGACCAGGAAGUGUGACUUUACGUCACCCCCCUCCCCCCCUAAAAGGAGACAUUUGUGGUGGUGGCGUUGGUAGAAGAGGAAGUGUAGGUGAAGGACAAGAGGAGAAGAAAAACUGGAUUUUUUUUUUUCUUUUUCUUCAGUGAGAUUGUGCCCUGUAAACUCUUUUUUGUUUUUUUUCUUUGGCCCUUUUUUGUUUCUCUUUUUCUUUUUUUUUUUGUCAGACACUCACCAGACCCACCGCCUGCCACCAGCAAAUACACAUCAACGUCAUCCGAGAGACACACACUGGCAAUCUGGCUAUGCUUUUUGUCAUUCUGAGAGGUGCACACACACUCACACACACUUACACACAGAGUUGUAAAAAGGUUUAUUAUCUUCAGAGAUUUAAGACACACUGCCAUAAAAGUACAGUUUAUCUAUAUGCAAACAUAAAUCACAUCUAUUCACUCUUUUAGCACCUGUAUGGACAAACAGCUAUAACGUUCCUGCAACUAAUGCAAACUGAGGGGCUUGGUUACGUCUCUACUAGCUGCACACCCACCAACACCUCAGACAAGUGUCAUUUUAUUUAAUCUCUGGGACCUGACCAUUAGCUCCUCAGACAGCUCCACACCCCUCCAGACACCCCACCUCCCUUGCAUCUCCUUAACUGGAACGGCGUCCUCGUUUUUGGUUUUUUUUUUUCGUCUGCGCUUGUGGCCCGAAAACCCUCAAGGCUCUGUGAGUGUUCGUCAACCUACCUCCCUCACGUACUGACCUCUCUCUUUCUCUGUCUCGUGUGCACACAGAGACACACACACACAAACACACGCAAUGUACAUGUACAAAACACACCCCUACACUAUUACCUCAUACCUAGUAAAAGCGUGUUUCCUCAUUUAUUGUGUGGGUGGUGGUAGUUUCACUAGAAAACAUGGAGCCAUGCAGUUCUCAAUUACCCAUGUACCUCUUUGCUAGUAGACGAUAGAGCUUCGUAUGAAGCCCUCAUCUAUGAUGUAUUAUUUAGACACACGUAUGUCUUAUAGUUGCAGUCAUAAGACAUGAUAGGUAUUAUUAUUAUGGAUUUAAAGGUUACUAGAGGUCAUGAACAUUGUGGUGCUUUCUGCGAUCGCUGAAUAGGGAGUGUGGCUACAGCAUCUUUGUACGCUAACUGUUUGGUUAAUAUAAAAGCAUAGUUAAGUAUUCUGAGCCCCCUAUUUAGAAGUUUGACAGCACUCAUCUGUACGAGGCUACAGCUGGUUAGCUUAGCUUCAUGCAAAGACUGAAAGCAAGCCGUUAGCAUGUCGGACGUGUAAUCACAACACGUCGUGGUUUAAUAGGGGUUGAAUGCCAGACUUGUCUGUUAGUUUAUCAUCAGACAGAGUCGGUAACUGCUUCCCGCAUUUUGAAUAUUAAGCUAAAGUUAAGUGAAUGUCUUGUGGGUUUAAAUACUUUAUAUGAAAAUCGUAUCAAUCGUCUCACUAAACUCUUGCCAGGAAAGCAAUUAAGCGGGAGGAGUCCCAGAAUGCCGACCAUGGGUCCAGAGUAAUAUAUUUGAACAGCCAUUUGAUUAAUUCCCAUUAAAUCUUCCCGGAGGAUGAACUGUAAUAUCUUUUUCAUCAGGUCAGAUUUUCAAUUUCUUCAGUACUUGGAGCUACCUUAAAUCUCCAUUAACCUCCGCCAUGCUUCACGCUUAAAGCUGAUUCUCAGAUCCUGGUGCGCUGAGCAAACGCCCCCCCUCUGCACGGAGCUUUUUCUAAUAGCAAUGAUACUCUAAAACUAAAAGAAUACUGACACCAAGUGUUAGCGAGACAAAUUUAGCGACUAGCAGGUAAACGGGGCAACAGCUAGCAGCUAAAGAUAAUUCUCUCAGGAGGUGGUGGAGACCAAAAACUGAGCUCAGCCACGCUAAUAAUUGGACGUACAUUCGCUAGGUGGCUAAAAACACAACUCAUGCUAAUGUUGCUAAGUAAUGGAUAGGCGUCUAAUUGGACAAGAAAAGUGCCAUCUUUGUUUUUGCAGCUCUUCUCUGCUGACCCCUAGUGGGCAAAAAAGAAAAAUUUCUGCAGUGGCUUUGCUUUCAAGUUAAUCAACGGUUGUGUUCGAAUAGUCAAAAAUAAUU